AUGUCCGACGAUGGAAUGCUGCUGAAUUUCAGCACUGAGCCGUCCACCAGCGCUGUUCGCAAACCGGUGGGUUCAAAGGUUCAAGGCGGCAGAUGGAAAGACAGGUUAAAUGCCAAGAGAGCCCAGGUCAAGCAGUAUGAGAAGGAGAAUCCCGAGGUUCGUGUCGCUCGUGUUGCUAAAGAAAGAGCUAUCAAGGAAAAGGCCGAGAUUGUUCGCCAGAAACGAACCGCUGGUAGAAAUGGCGGAAAGAAACCACCUGGAACUGGUACUUCUGAAGCUAGUGGCUCUGGAGCUGGAGCUGGAGCUGGUUCAGGUUCUGGUAGUAAUGGCUCGUCGAGAGCUAGAAUGACAAAUUUUAAAAAACCAACUGCAGCCCAACAGAAACAACAUCCGGGUGUGAAUCUCAAUCCUGAAGACAAGAAUACUUUUGUGUCUUCUCUUUUCUCAUCCAACCCUUCUUUGGCAGAAAACGAUGCAGAAGACAAACCUGUAGAAUCCCAUGAAGCGUCUAAUGCUCCUUUAAAAGAUGAUACGACCUUCGAAGGAUUGGGUGUCAAUUCAGCAUUAACUUUACAAUUAAGCACGAAAAUGAAAAUCCCUACACCGACUCGGAUCCAACGAGCUGCAUUACCGCCAUUAAUUUCGUCUAAUCGAGAUCUAUUUAUUCAGGCUCAGACUGGUUCGGGAAAAACGUUGGCUUAUGCUCUUCCUAUUAUACAUAGACUGAUGUCGACUCCAGAUUUGACGAGAGAAUCGGGUUUAUUUGCAUUGAUUUUGACCCCGACUCGUGAACUGUCAACCCAGAUCUAUUCAGUACUGGAGAAGCUGGUUGGUGCAUGCCACUGGCUGGUACCAGGUAUUGUCAUUGGUGGAGAGAAGAAAAAGUCCGAGAAAGCAAGAAUCAGAAAAGGAAUUAAUAUUUUAGUAGCUACUCCAGGAAGACUGUGUGAUCAUUUUGAUAACACAGAAUCUCUGGAUCUGUCACAAAUCCGUUGGGUCGUUCUUGACGAAGGUGAUCGACUCAUGGAACUUGGGUUUGAAGAAGCUAUUACCAAGAUUCUCACUAAAAUUGGCAAGACUUCGAUGAUUCACGAUACUGCUAAACGUUGGCCUCAGCUACCGAACAAGAGAGUCAACAUUCUCUGUUCUGCUACUAUGAGAGACGAUGUCAAGAGAUUAGGAGAGUUGUCAUUGUCUCAUGCUGAAUGGGUCACUCCAGAUUCAGUUGGUGAAGAUUCCAAGAAACAUCUUCGAUCUGAUGCUAAUGAUAACCACGAACAUAUAGCACCAGCACAGCUUAUUCAGCAGUCUGCAAUUGUUCCAGCCAAAUUACGACUUGUUACACUUGCUGGUCUGUUGAAAGCUAUUACCAGUGCCGAGAAAGGAUCCCGAACAAUCGUAUUUUUCUCCUGUUCAGAUUCGGUGGAUUUCCACUUUAAAGCAUUUACAAAGGGAGGUACAAAUAGACUCAAGCAAAGAACUAGUAAUAAUCAUGACAGUGACGACGAAGACGAUACAUCGUCAGCCACUCAACCUACUGUGAUGACCUCAGUUGAUCUCGAUAACACUGUAAUUCACAAACUACACGGAUCCUUGAACCAGCAAUUAAGAACGUCUACCUUGUCGUCAUUCAGUGCUAAAGACGGUGCUGCCAACGGUGAAUCUUAUAUUCUUUUCUGUACAGAUGUGGCUUCGCGUGGUCUUGAUCUUCCUCACAUCACACAAGUCAUUGAAUAUGACCCUCCAUUUGGAAUGGACGACCAUCUUCACAGAGUCGGUAGAACUGCCAGAGCCGGUAAAGAAGGUACCUCGAUCCUGUUCCUGCUUCCUGGAGCAGAAGAAAAGUACCUCGAUGUGAUCAAACCCAACCAUCCCAACGGCAUCCAUCCUCGAUCCUACGAAGACAUUCUGAAAAAGGGUUUCGGAAGCAAGUGGGACGUCGAUGCCACCACUUGGCACCUGAACAUUGAACGAUGGCUGCUGGAAGACGCGAGUGCCCUACAACUGGCCAAACGAGGAUAUACCAGUCACAUCAGAGCAUACACCACACAUUUAUCAAGUGAACGAGAGAUCUUCAACCUCCGGGCCCUUCAUUUAGGACACUUGGCCAAGAGUUUUGCGCUCCGUGAAACCCCCGGCAAAAUGAGCAAACAACCCUCUUCUAAAACCGACAAAACCAAACCAUCCUCCAAAAAAACCAAGUCGUCCAGCGGCGUCGCCAAACCUCAACCACGAGGCGACGCCGACGGCAACCGCCGCAGAAUGCUCGCCGUCGCCAAGUCUCACGCCGGCAUGAGCGAGUUCAACAUCGGCUACUAA